GACGUGGUCUUCCAUUGCGCGCAAUAGUUGGCUUCGUGUGAACCCUGCUUUACAGAUACUCUAAAGUUUUGCAGAUUAAGUUGGUUACAAGCUGCUGAAUGUUUUGAAGCUACAUUCUCUACAAAUUUUACAACAACAGUUUAUAAAAUACAUUAGUAUUUUAGAUUUUAAAACGAACGUUAGGUAUAUUGAUUCGAAUAUUUUAUUUGGAAAUAAAUUAUGGAAAACGUUGAAAAUCCUGGUGAUAAGGAAGAAGAUAAAUCUGCGCGAUCUGAGGAACAACAAGGAAUUCCACCUAAGUUACAGAUCAAGAUACCUGUAGAAAUGUUGUCCGAAUUACAAAAGGAACUUCUACGUCAAAAGCCUCAAUCCAGAGAUUCACCAUCUACAUCUACGAAUAAAGAGGGAGAUGAGUUUAUUUUUAAAGUACCUGAAGUACCACCUCUCAAGAAAAAGAAAACAUCUCCUUCAAAAUCUCCUUCAGACAUAUCUCGAUCACCUGUAAAAGAAAAGAAAGACAUAUUUUUGAGCAACGUAUCAUUAAUUCCAUCGCCGACGAAGAAAAGAAAAGCAGUAUGCAAGGAAGAUGAUCUGUUUGUGACAACAUCACCUUCAAAGCAGACAAAAAAUGCAUCUUAUCAACGAGAUUUAUCCAUGGAAAUGGAAGAAUCUAGAAGCGUGCCACAAACAGUUCAGGAUGCAUCUUUGGCCCAUUUGGAAAAUAUGCAGCAAUCUAUCCAAGAUGAACCUCUAGAAGAACCAAAAAAUGUGCCGCAAACGGUCCAGGAUGCACCUCUGAAAGAAUCGGAAAAUGUGCUAAACACAGUCCAGGAUAUGCUUAUGAAAGAAUCGGAAAAUGUGCUAAACACAGUCCAGGAUAUGCUUAUGAAAGAAUCGGAAAAUGUGCUAAAAACAGUCCAGGAUGUGCUUCUGAGAGAAUCGGAAAAUGUGCUGAAAACAGUCCAGGAUAUGCUUCUGAAAGAAUCGGAAAAUGUGCUAAAAACCGUCCAGGAUGUGCUUCUGAAAGAAUCGGAAAAUGUGCCAAAAUUGAUCCAGGAUGCACCUCUGGAAGAAUCGAAAAAUGUGCCAUCAGUGAUCCAGUAUGCACCUCCGGAAAAAUCGAAAAAUGUGCCAUCAGUGAUCCAGGACGCACCUCCGGAAGAAUCGAAAAAUGUGCCAAAAGUGAUCCAGGAUGCACCUCCGGAAGAAUCGAAAACUGUGCCAAAAGUGAUCCAGGAUGCACCUCCGGAAGAAUCAAAAACUGUGCCAAAAGUGAUCCAGGAUGCACCUCCGGAAGAAUCGAAAACUGUGCCAAAAGUGAUCCAGGAUGCACCUCCGGAAGAAUCGAAAACUGUGCCAAAAGUGAUCCAGGAUGCACCUCCGGAAGAAUCGGAAAAUGUGCCAAAAGGGAUCCAGGAUGUACCUCCGGAAGAAUCGGAAAAUGUGCCAAAAGGGAUCCAGGACGCACCUCCGGAAGAAUCGGAAAAUGUGCCAAAAGCGAUCCAGGACGCACCUCCGGAAGAAUCGGAAAAUGUGCCAUCAGUGAUCCAGGACGCACCUCCGGAAGAAUCGGAAAAUGUGCCAAAAGUGAUCCAGGACGCACCUCCGGAAGAAUCGGAAAAUGUCCCAAAAGUGAUCCAGGAUGCACCUCAGGAAGAAUCAGAAAAUACACCAAAAACUGUGGGAACCAAAGAUGAAACUUGAGAGCAUAGUUUCACCUUAUCAUGUAAAUUUUGUUUUAUUCAUGGUAAAAACCUAUCAAAUAUAUGAAUUCUAAUUGUAUGAUACUGAAGAUUUUUAACGUGCAAUAUUCUAUUGCAUGCAAUUAUCUUAACAUAAAAUACUGCAGUUUUAUUUCAAAUCCUGAUAAAAGCAAUUUUUAACACAUUUUAGAUAACUCGGACAAAGUCACUGGAGCUUUUUAUAACUAUGGAUUUUAAAUACAUAGUAAUGUUUGGUUUUAUAUGUUUCUGCUUCUAUAUUUUACU